AUGGCAUUGGCUCAUCUCGUGCUUAGCCUAUCUCCAUCUCGUCCUGGGUUGGGCAAUGACGUCGUAGAGAGGCGAAAGGGUUUGGCCUUGGCUUUAUACGGUGAAGUUUUGACGGGCCGUGAAGUUACCGGCCGUAUUUUUGAAUCGCCCGGCGCCGGCGCCGCCGACCGCCGGCGGCAAGUAGAGAGCGGUCAGAAGCUGGGGUCGGUCGUUGAGAUCCCAGUCACUUGUUAUCAGAUUUUAGGUGUCCCUGAGAAAGCUGAAAAGGAUGAGGUUGUUAAAGCAGCUAUGGUACUGAAAAACUCAGAGAUUGAGGAUGGAUAUACACCAGAUGCCAUUGUCUCUCGCCAGGAGCUCUUGGUGGAUGUGAGGGACAAGAUUCUUUUUGAACCAGAAUAUGCUGGCAAUUUGAAAGAUAAGAUUCCACCAAGAUCUUCUCUUCGUAUACCUUGGUCAUGGUUACCAGGUGCUCUUUGCCUUCUGCAGGAGGUUGGACAAGAGAAAUCAGUACUGGAAAUUGGCCGGGCUGCCCUACACCUGCCAGAUGCUAAGCCAUAUGUUCAUGAUUUGCUUCUCUCCAUGGCACUUGCAGAAUGCUCAGUUGCAAAGAUUAGGCUUGAGAAAAACAAAGUAUCUGAUGGAUUUGAAGCCCUGGCUCGCGCUCAAUAUUUACUUAGGAGCAAAAUUUCUUUAGGAAAAAUGCCACUUCUAUCACAGAUUGAAGAAUCUUUGGAGGAGCUUGCACCUGCUUGCACACUGGAACUCUUAGGAGUUCCUCAUACGCCUGAUAAUGCAGAGCGCAGACGAGGUGCAAUUUCAGCCUUGCGUGAGUUGCUUAGACAAGGUCUUGAUGUUGAAAGUUCUUGUAGGGUUCAAGACUGGCCUUGCUUUUUGGACCAGGCACUGAGAAAGCUAAUGGCCACUGAAAUAGUAGAUCUAAUCUCUUGGGAUGCUGUAGCCAUUGCUCGCAAGAACAAAAAAUCACUAGAAUCUCAGAACCAAAGGGUUGUGAUUGAUUUUGAUUGCUUCUAUAUCGCCAUGAUUGCGCAUAUAGCUCUUGGAUUUUCAUUAAGACAAACUGAUUUGGUCAACAAAGCCAAAACCAUUUGUGAGUGCUUGACUGCAUCUGAGGGUGUGGAUUUGAAGUUUGAGGAAGCUUUUUGCUCAUUACUUCUUGGGCAGGGAAGUGAAACAGUUGCUGCGGAAAUGCUGCGUCAACUUGAAGUGAAUGGAAGUUCAGCAGUGAGGAAAUUUGAAUCAAAUAUUCCAAAUAAAGAGGCCAAUGAUAAGGGCACUGGAAAUCAGUUACUGGAAAUGUGGCUGAAGGAUGCUGUCCUCUGUAUAUUUCCGGAUACAAGAGAUUGCUCACCAUCUUUGGCGACCUUCUUUGGUGGACCAAAGCGAACAUUUAGAGGAAACAAGCAAAAUCUAGGCUCAUCAAAAGCGGUUCACUCUUUCAGUCAGCGUCCACUAUCAGUUGGUCUUUCAUCUGAACUUGGAGCUUCAGAUGACCAACAUCAUAUAAACGCAACACUUUUGGGUGAGGCUGUAAAGCGACUGGCACCAGGCAACUUGCAGAGCCAACAGUCAUCUACCAAGAAUUCAGGUAGUGGUCCAUCAGUACAUCUAAAGAGAGAUCUCAGAAUUCAUGAGUCAAAGAUUUGGGACAACUGGAGUGUGACGGGAGACUUGGCAGGAAAAGUUCCAUAUAUCUUGCUUGUAGGAUGCUUUAUUUUUGGUACCUUUAAGCUGUUCUCCAUGCAAAUAAUGAACUCUAGGGACUCUCAUAAGUGGGUACCAAAUCACUCAAAAAUGUCAAGUUCUGCUGCAUGGACUGAUAGCCCAGGUUUGCAGAGCUUGUCUUUUGCUGAUAGGAGAAUACUUGGUCCCCUGGGCAAGCUGCUGGCAGUGUUCAGGCACAACAGAAAUCAUAAAAUAGGUGCCACAACCGUGAAGGACACAUGGCCGACUGAUGAUCUCUCGUGUUCAACCACAGCACUGGUGACCGGUAGUACCUUGUUAUACAAGAGACAGAUGCCACUUGAAGAAGCAGAAGCCCUUGUAAAGCAAUGGCAAGAAAUCAAAGCCGAGGCAUUAGGUCCAUCACAUCAAAUUCAAACUCUACCUGAGAUUCUUGAUGGAUCAAUGCUUUCGAAGUGGCAAGAUUUAGCAAAUUCGGCCAAAGCCAGAUCAUGCUUCUGGAGAUUUGUUCUGUUGCAACUUUCUGUCAUGCGAGCUGACAUCGGAUGGGAUGAAGAUGGUAAUGAACUGGCUGAAAUUGAGGCAUUGUUGGAGGAAGCUGCUGAGCUUAUAGAUGACUCUCAACCAAGAAAACCAAGUUAUUACAGUAAAUAUAAGGUUCAAUACGUCUUGAGAAGACAUGAUGAUGGUUCCUGGAGAUUCUGCAGAGGUGGCAUCCAAUAUCCUGUUUAGUUUCCUCGAUAAGCACUUCAUCGGUAUGAAAACGGGAAGAAGCUUCCAUAUCAAUGGGGAAGAAUAUAAAGGGUUUGGAUUCCCGGUGUUGCUUUCCCUGGAAAUUCGGUUACCAUCCACGUUCACUUCCUUCUGAACUUCCUAUAUUUUUCACUUCACUCCCUGCAUUCUUUCUUCUGUGAUUGCUAAAGUUCUACAAGGUUGACAAUGCUUAGCACUAACUAUUUUCUCAACAUCUAGUUAUUUGAAGUUUAGCCUAGCCUCCUCGGUAUCAAAUUUUGAUCAGGUUCUACAAGGUUCUGCUCAUUUGAAUCUCUGAGAAGAGGGAAGGUAGAGAGAAAAUGGCUGUUUGAUUUUUUAUCGACGAAAUCCAGCCAGCUGUUCGGCAAGAUGUAACUUUAGGUUAAUCCCCGUGUGUAAAUGAUAUUUGUUUUCAAGUUCAAUUCAAGUUGAUUGUAUCA